CCUGCAGCAGCACCUCGCGUUGUCUUGCACUGACAAGAGGACAUAGCAACACAAGCUCGGGCAGUUAAACUGGUCUACUUCUGGGGCUGAUGGUUGUCUUGGUGCACAGUGUUAGGUACCUGCAGUGAUAGCCUACUGAGAAGGUGGGAUUUUAAUCGAAAGACUUGACUGGUUUACAAACGUUAGCUAUCACUAGCUAAGCAAGUGAAGAUGAUUCCGGACAAAGCACCUGGAGACGACGUCUUUCAUGCGGGUGGCGAUUUGAAGAAAGAAGCCCAUGUACCUAGCUUUGAGAAAUACAAGGACAUGUACAUGAAAUCUAUAGAGAAUCCUGACGAGUUCUGGGGAGACAUUUCCAAAGAUUUUUUCUGGAAGACAAAGCAUACAGGACAGUUCCUGGACUACAACUUCGAUGUCACCAAGGGUGAGAUUUUCAUCAAGUGCAUGGAAGGAGCCACGACCAACAUCUGCUACAAUCUGUUGGAUCGCAACGUACAUGAGAAGAAACUGGGGGACAAAAUUGCCUUCUACUGGGAGGGGAAUGAGCCCGGGGACGAGAUGACUAUAACAUAUAGGGAGCUGCUGCAGCAAGUCUGCAAGUUUGCCAAUGUCCUGAAGUCACAAGGCGUGAAGAAGGGGGACCGCGUGUCCAUCUACAUGCCCAUGGUGGUGGAGCUGGUGGUGGCCAUGCUGGCUUGUGUUCGUAUUGGAGCCGUGCACUCCAUUGUGUUUGCUGGCUUCUCCGCGGAGUCCCUGUGCGAGAGGAUCUUGGACUCGCAGUGUUCGUUGCUUAUCACUGCCGAUGGCUUUUAUAGAGGAGAUAAGCUGAUCAACCUCAAGGUGAUCGCUGACGAUGCACUGCAGAAGUGCAGGGACAAGGGUGUUCCUCUUAAGACGUGUAUCAUGCUCAAGCACCUGUCUAAAGAGGAGGCGGCUGCACCUGGCUCCCAGUCUCCUCCUGCCAAACGCCCCUGUCCUGACCUAGAGCAGGAGAAACAGAAAGAAAGAGUAAAGAGGGUCCGCCCCGUUCCCCAGGUGCCGUGGAACCCGGACGUGGACCUGUGCUGGCACACGCUGAUGGACGGCGUGUCGGCCGAGUGUGAGCCGGAGUGGUGCGAGUCAGAGGACCCCCUCUUCAUCCUCUACACCAGCGGCUCCACCGGCAAACCCAAGGGAGUGCUACACACAGUGAGCGGGUAUAUGCUGUAUGCUGCCACCACCUUCAAGCUUGUGUUUGACUACCAGCCAUCAGACGUGUACUGGUGCACGGCAGACCAUCGCUGGAUCACGGGCCACUCCUACAUCACGUAUGGCCCUCUGGCCAAUGGAGCCACCAGUGUGUUGGUGAGAGGACACAGCCUGCCCACGUACCCGGAGGUGAGCCGCAUGUGGGAGAUCGUCGAUAAGUACCAUGUGACCAAGUUUUACACGGCCCCUACCGCCAUCCGCCUGCUCAUGAAGUACGGCACCGACCCCGUGCACAAGUGAGUUUAUAGUCGGGACUCUCUGAAGGUGCUGGGCACGGUGGGGAGCCCUCAACCCCGAGGCCUGCAGUGGUAUUACAACGUGGUGGGCGAGAGGAGGUGCCCUGUGGUGGACACCUUCUGGCAGACGGGAAACGGUGGGCACUCGGGUGGGCAUGUGUUGACGCCACUUCCAGCCGCCACGCUGAAGCCCGGAUCAGCGACGUUCCCGUUCUUUGGAGUUGUUCCUGCCAUUCUGAAUGAGUCCGGAGAGGAGCUGGAGGGACCAAGUGAGGGCUACCUGGUGUUUAAGCAGCCAUGGCCAGGUGUGAUGAGGACGGUGUACGGGAACCACCCGAGGUUUGAGACCACCUACUUCAAGAAAUUCCCUGGGUACUACGUCACGGGAGAUGGUUGCCGUAGAGAUAAGGAUGGAUACUACUGGAUCACCGGGAGGAUCGAUGACAUGCUGAAUGUGUCUGGUCACUUGUUGAGCACGGCGGAGGUGGAGUCGGCGCUGGUGGAGCAUGAGGCGGUGGCCGAGGCGGCGGUGGUGGGGCGGCCCCAUCCGGUCAAGGGCGAGAGCCUCUACUGCUUCGUCACGCUCAACGAAGGAAUCAGCUACAACCGCACGCUAGAGGCUGAGCUCAAGCAGCAGGUGAGGGAGAAGAUUGGUGCCAUCGCCACACCUGACUACAUCCAGAGUGCUCCGGGCCUUCCCAAAACCAGAUCAGGGAAGAUCAUGAGGCGCGUGCUGCGUAAGAUCGCCUGUAACGAGCGCGACCUGGGCGACGUGUCCACGCUAGCCGACAGCUCCGUCAUCGAGCAGCUCUUCCAGAACCGCUGCUGUACCGCCGUCUGACCAGCAGGGGGAGCCGGCCCGCAGCAGCAGCUCUCUUUACGUCCAAUAGGGACGGCCGGAAGGGGAGAGCAGAGGCUGUGGGGUUAGG